GCCGUCUUAUGGAAUAUGAAUGCUUAGAAGCACCAUACGUUCAAAUUGAAAAUAUAAAGAAUAUUAUGGUUUGACUCAUGGAUCUCUGGCUGUUUGUUUGCAUACUUACAGGAGCACUGUUCAGUGUUUCCUUUGCUCAAACUCACCAGUUCUACUUUGUGAGCACUGAGCUGAACUGGACUGACGCUCAGAGUUUCUGCAGACGUGAAUACUCUGAUCUGGCCACCAUAGAGAACACAGUUGAUGUUGAUGCUGUUCUGAACACCACAUUAAAUUACACAGGCAAGGUUUGGAUUGGUCUACACGAUGACUUGGAGAACAGCUGGAAGUGGUCCUUAAAUGACAGCAGCUUCUGUGUGGAAGGAGAGCAAACCUUCAAGAACUGGCAGUUAAACCAACCUGACAAUCUGAAUGGACAACAGUACUGUGUCGGAUUACAAAGUGGAAACUCAUCCAGAGGCAACUGGGAUGACCGUGACUGCAAUGAAGAACAUGGAUUUGUGUGCUACAAUGGUACGGUAAAUGGAAUUCUUUCAUUUGUUGUUGGUGAUGCAACAUUAAACUGGAGGGAAGCCCAGAGAUACUGCAGAAAGAAUUUUAUUGAUUUAGCCAGCAUACAGAAUCAAACAGAAAAUGAUGUCAUCAACAUUCUGGCAAACGGUAGUUUUGUUUGGCUUGGUCUGUAUCGUCAUAAAGUUUGGUCUGAUGGGAGAAACUCAGUGUUUGAACAUUGGACUGAAAAUCAACCAGACCACGGAGACCAGAAGUGCAUCGCUGCAUCUUUCAGUGACUCAGGACGAUGGUCGGAUGAAUUUUGUUCCCAGAGUUUACCGUUUAUCUGUUAUGGAUCAGCUUUACCAAAUGCAGGUUUCAUACCAUUCAGCCAGAAUGAGACCAGCAUCACUCUGCAGUGGAAUAAAGGGAACAGCAGUGACAGCUUUGUUCUCCAGUUUAACGGAACAGAGACAAACAUCAGUGCAUCAGAUGGAGAUGGACCAAUAAACUACACAGUUUCAUCCCUCACUGCUGGAACUAAGUACACGUUCACUCUCUUAUCCCGCUCUUCCCUCACUAGAGUCAACAUCAAUGCAGUAACUGCUCCUCAAAAUGUAGAGUACUUCAACGUACUUGAAAAAAGUGAUACCAGCAUUACUCUACAGUGGAGUGAGGUCAUCAAUGCCAGCUACAUUUUGCAGUUUAACAGCGAGUUGAGAGCAAUUCCUGCAUCAGGAGAUGGACCAGUGACUUACACAGUGGUGUCUCUCUAUGCAUCAACUGAAUACAUAUUUACUCUUUUUACUGUGUUUGAGAAUGCUACAAGCACUGGAGUACAACUAAGAGUUGUUACUGAUUACUGGCGUUAUUCCUGUGGACAGGGGUCUUGUCCUACUGACCACGUCUGCAUCAAUAUCAAUGGAACGUACCAAUGUCUGGAUGGCUGUAACCACUACACAGCACUAAGCGAUGACUGGCUUUCUGAAUAUAACAUCAAUGGGAACUCGUACUGUAAUGGAAAUUAUUACCCAUCAAAUUGGUACCGCAUGUUUGUGGGAAAGAGCAGUGCUCAAAUUCCUGAAACGUGUGUUCGAGACAGCAGAUGUAGCUCUUAUCGUAUUUGGGCAACAACACCUCAUCCUGUACACUACAAUGAAAGUGCAACCCUGACUACAUACACUGCAAGAGAUAGUAACUGCUACUACGACACUUACUAUUACUCUAACAGAGUUAUGGCAAGACUUUGCUAUGGAGACUACUAUGUGUACAGACUUCCAAGACUACCUGGAUGUGAAUACUCAUAUUGUGCAGUUCCUCCUCAUGGUUUCAGAUCAUCAGGACAAAAUGAAACCAGCAUCACUCUGCGGUGGGACAAAGUCAAUAACAGUGUCAGCUUUGUUCUCCUGUUUAAUGGAACAGAAACAAACAUCAGUGCUCCAGCUGGAAGUGAACCAGUAACUUACACAGUCUCAUCUCUGAGUCCUGCAACUAAAUACACAUUCACUCUCUUCUCUGUGUUUGAGAACGUCAGAAGCAGUGGAAUCAGCAUUGAUGGAGUCACUGCUCCUCAACGCGUAGAAACUUUCAACGUAGUAGAAAAUACUGACAGAAGCGUCACUUUGCAAUGGAGUAAAGUGAAUUUUGCCAGCUAUGUUCUCCAGUAUAAUCAAGGAUGGAAGAAUGUAUCAGCCUCAGAUGGAGAUGGACUGAUAACCUAUACAGUUCCUUCUCUCAGAGCUAACACUGAAUAUACUUUUAUUCUUUUCUGUGUGUUUGAAAAUGCUAGAAGUAGUGGAGUUCAACUUCAAGCUUUAACUGAUCCGCCAUAUUUUUCAUGUGGACAGACCUUUUGUCCUCCAGACCAGGACUGUGUUUUCAUCAAUGGGACGGCUCAGUGUGGUGAAGCCUGUGAACAUUACACUGAACUGAAUGAUAACUGGCUUUCUGAAUAUAACAUAAAUGGAAAUUCAUACUGUAAUGGAAACUACGACUCCCCUAAAGGCUGGUAUCGUAUGUUUGUGGGACAAACCAGUGCUCAGAUUCCUGAAACUUGUGUACAAGACAGCAGAUGUGGCAGUUAUGAUCAUUUGAAGAUGACACAACCUCAUCCAACUCAAUACAAUCAAACUGUAACACGCUAUUUGUGUUAUACCUAUGGUAGUAACUGCUACUGUUACUCAUCACAGUCUGUUACAGUCAAACUCUGUUUAGGAGACUUCUAUGUCUACAAACUUCAAAGACUCCCAGGAUGCUACACUGCAUAUUGUGCAGUUCCAAAUCACAGCUUCAGAGCAGCUGGUCAAGAUGAAACCAGCAUCACUCUGCGGUGGGACAAAGUCAAUAACAGUGUCAGCUUUGUUCUUCUGUUUAAUGGAACAGAAACAAACAUCAGUGCUCCAGCUGCAGAUGACUCUGUAACUUACACAGUGUCAUCUCUGACUGCUGCAACUAAAUACACAUUCACUCUCUUCUCUGUGUUUGAGAACGUCACAAGCAGUGGAAUCAGCAUUGAUGCAGUCACUGCUCCUCCAAACGUAAAAACUUUCAGUUUACUUGGAACAAGUUUCAACAGUAUCACUCUGCAGUGGAGUAAGGUGACCAAUGCCACAUAUGUACUGCAGUACAAUAAUGAACGAAGGAUCAUUCCUGCAUCAGAUGGAGACGGACCCGUCAUAUACACAGUCUCAUCUCUCAGUGCUGGAACUUCAUACGCAUUCACUCUGUACUCUGUGUUUGAGAAUGCCAGAGGCAGUAAUAUGCAGCUUCAGGCUGUUACUGAUCAAUAUCUUUCAUGUGGACAAACCUUUUGUCCUCCAAACCAGGACUGUGUCAUCAUCAAUGGGACGGCUCAGUGUGGUGAAGCCUGUGGACAUUACACUGAACUGAAUGAUAACUGGCUUUCAGAAUAUAACAUAAAUGGAAACUCCUACUGUAAUGGAAACUACUACUCCCCUGAAGGCUGGUAUCGUAUGUUUGUGGGACAAACCAGCGCUCAGAUUCCUGAAACUUGUGUCCAAGACAGCAGAUGUAGCAGUUAUCGUUUGCGGAUGACACAACCUCAUCCAACUCAAUACAAUCAAACUGUAACACGGUCUUUGUGUCAAAGUUAUUAUAGUUCCUGCUGUUCCAACACAUCAUACAUCUAUAACAAUAUUAAAGUCAAACUCUGCUAUGGAGACUACUAUGUGUACAAGCUUCAAACACUACCACGAUGCAACAUUGCAUAUUGUGCAGUUCCAAAUCACAGCUUCAGAGCAGCUGGUCAAGAUGAAACCAGCAUCACUCUGCGGUGGGACAAAGUCAACAAUGGUGUCAGCUUUGUUCUCCUGUUUAAUGGAACAGAAACAAACAUCAGUGCUCCAGCUGCAGAUGACUCUGUAACUUACACAGUGUCAUCUCUGACUGCUGCAACUAAAUACACAUUCACUCUCUUCUCUGUGUUUGAGAACAUCACAAGCAGUGGAAUCAGCAUUGAUGCAGUCACUGCUCCUCCAAAAGUAAAAACAUUCACUUUGCUUGGAACAAGUUUCAACAGCAUCACUUUGCAGUGGAAUAUGGUGAACAAUGCCAGUUAUGUCCUAGAAUAUAAUAGUGGACGAAGAAUCAUUCCUGCAAAAGAUGGUGAUGGACCAGUCACUUACACUGUCUCAUCUCUCAGUGCUGGAAGUAGAUACUCAUUCAAUCUGUUCUCUGUGUUUGAGAGCGCCAGAAGUUCUCCAUUAUAUCUAGAAGCUUUUACUGAUGAGCAAUAUGUUUCAUGUGGACAGACCUCUUGUCCUCCAGGCCAGGACUGUGUCAUCAUCAAUGGGACGGCUCAGUGUGGUGAAGCCUGCGAACAUUACACUGAACUGAAUGAUAACUGGCUUUCAGAAUAUUACAUUUAUGGAAAUUCGUACUGUUAUGGAAACUACUACUCCCCUAAAGGCUGGUAUCGUAUGUUUGUGGGACAAACCAGCGCUCAGAUUCCUGAAACUUGUGUACAAGAAAGCAGAUGUGGAAGUUACGAUCAUUUGUGGAUGACACAACCUCAUCCAACUCAAUACAAUCAAACUGUAACACGCUCUUUGUGUUAUAGUUAUGGUAGGGACUGCUACUGCUACUACACUUACUCAUACAGUAUUAGAGUCAAAUUCUGCUACGGAGACUUCUACGUCUACAAACUUCAAACCCUACCAGGAUGCUACACUGGAUAUUGUGCAGUUCCAAAUCACAGCUUCAGAGCAGCUGGUCAAGAUGAAACCAGCAUCACUCUGCGGUGGGACAAAGUCAACAGCAGUGUCAGCUUUGUUCUCCUGUUUAAUGGAACAGAAACAAACAUCAGUGCUCCAGCUGCAGAUGACUCUGUCACUUAUACAGUGUCAUCUCUGACUGCUGCAACUAAAUACACAUUCACUCUCUUUUCUGUGUUUGAGAACAUCACAAGCAGUGGAAUCAGCAUUGAUGCAGUCACUGCUCCUCCAAGAGUAAAAACAUUCAUUUUGCUUGGAACAAGUUUCAACAGCAUCACUUUGCAGUGGAAUAUGGUGAACAAUGCCAGUUAUGUCCUAGAAUAUAAUAGUGGACGAAGGAUCAUUCCUGCAAAAGAUGGUGAUGGACCAGUCACUUACACUGUCUCAUCUCUCAGUGCUGGAAGUAGAUACUCAUUCAAUCUGUUCUCUGUGUUUGAGAACGCCAGAAGUUCUCCAUUAUAUCUACAAGCUUUUACUAAUGAGCAAUAUGUUUCAUGUGGACAGACCAUUUGUCCUCCAGGCCAGGACUGUGUCAUCAUCAAUGGGACGGCUCAGUGUGGUGAAGCCUGUGAACAUUACACUGAACUGAAUGAUGACUGGCUUUCAGAAUAUAACAUAUAUGGAAAUUCAUACUGUAAUGGAAACUACUACUCCCCUGAAGGCUGGUAUCGUAUGUUUGUGGGACAAACCAGCGCUCAGAUUCCUGAAACUUGUGUCCAAGACAGCAGAUGUAGCAGUUAUACCAAUUUGCAGAUGUCAGAACCUCAUCCAACUCAAUACAAUCAAACUGUAACACGGUCUUUGUGUUAUAGUUAUGGUAGUAACUGCUACUGCUACACCUCCUACGCUAUUAAGGUCAAACUCUGUUAUGAAGAUUUCUACGUCUACAAACUUCAAAGACUCCCAGGAUGCUCCACUGGAUAUUGUGCAGUUCCAAAUCACAGCUUCAGAGCAGCUGGUCAAGAUGAAACCAGCAUCACUCUGCGGUGGGACAAAGUCAAUAACAGUGUCAGCUUUGUUCUCCUGUUUAAUGGAACAGAAACAAACAUCAGUGCUCCAGCUGCAGAUGACUCUGUAACUUACACAGUGUCAUCUCUGACUGCUGCAACUAAAUACACAUUCACUCUCUUCUCUGUGUUUGAGAACGUCACAAGCAGUGGAAUCAGCAUUGAUGCAGUCACUGCUCCUCCAAGAGUAAAAACAUUCACUUUGCUUGGAACAAGUUUCAACAGCAUCACUUUGCAGUGGAAUAUGGUGAACAAUGCCAGUUAUGUCCUAGAAUAUAAUAGUGGACGAAGGAUCAUUCCUGCAAAAGAUGGUGAUGGACCAGUCACUUACACUGUCUCAUCUCUCAGUGCUGGAAGUAGAUACUCAUUCAAUCUGUUCUCUGUGUUUGAGAACGCCAGAAGUUCUCCAUUAUAUCUAGAAGCUUUUACUGAUGAGCAAUAUGUUUCAUGUGGACAGACCAUUUGUCCUCCAGACCAGAACUGUGUCAUCAUCAAUGGGACGGCUCAGUGUGGUGAAGCCUGUGAACAUUACACUGAACUGAAUGAUGACUGGCUUUCAGAAUAUUACAUAUAUGGAAAUUCCUACUGUAAUGGAAACUACUACUCCUCUGAAGGCUGGUAUCGUAUGUUUGUGGGACAAACCAGCGCUCAGAUUCCUGAAACUUGUGUACAAGACAGCAGAUGUGGCAGUUAUACCAAUUUGCAGAUGUCAGAACCUCAUCCAACUCAAUACAAUCAAACUGUAGCACGCUCUUUGUGUUAUAGUUAUGGCAGUUCCUGCUGCGACUACACUUACUCAUACAGUAUUAGAGUCAAAUUCUGUUACGGAGACUUCUACGUCUACAAACUUCAAACCCUACCAGGAUGCUCCACUGGAUAUUGUGCAGUUCCUAAUCACAGCUUCAGAGCAGCUGGUCAAGAUGAAACCAGCAUCACUCUGCGGUGGGACAAAGUCAACAACAGUGUCAGCUUUGUUCUCCUGUUUAAUGGAACAGAAACAAACAUCAGUGCUCCAGCUGCAGAUGACUCUGUAACUUACACAGUGUCAUCUCUGACUGCUGCAACUAAAUACACAUUCACUCUCUUCUCUGUGUUUGAGAACGUCAGAAGCAGUGGAAUCAGCAUUGAUGCAGUCACUGCUCCUCUAAAUGCAGAAAUAUUUACUUCAAUUGGAAUAAAUGACACCAGUGUUACUCUGCAGUGGAGUAAGCCCAAAUAUAGUGGUUAUCUGCUACAUGCUAAUUAUGAAAACAGGAUCAUUGCUUCAUCAGAUGCUGACGGACCAGUAAUCUUUACAGUCUCCUCUCUUUAUCCUGCUCUUAAAUACACAUUCACUCUUUACUCUGUAUUUGAGAACGCCAGAAGCAGUGGAGUACAACUGACAGUCACUACUGAUCACCGAUAUCUUCCUUGUGGAGAAACAUUUUGUGCUCCUGACCUGAACUGCUUCAUUAAUAACGGAAGUGCUCAAUGUGUCGACCCCUGUGAGCACUACACUGUACUGAACUACAACUACAGUUCAAUGUACGGAUACUGCGAUGGAAAUUUUGUCUCAGGAGGAUGGUACAGCUUUUUCUUGGGAGGAACUAGAGCUCGAAUCUCUGACUCAUGUGAAGAUACUUGUCCAACAUCUUAUUACUUGAAACUGGCAGAAACUCAUCCCACAGAGUACAAUCAAUCUGCCUCACUGUCUCUGUGUUAUACCUACACUGAUAACUGCUGCAACUAUCACUAUCCAUUUUUCAUCAAGGCCAAACUCUGUUAUGGAAACUUCUACGUCUACAAACUUUUUGAUGUAUAUUCAUGUUAUAAUCCCUAUUGCACAGUUCCUCAUCAGAGUUUUCGAGUAUCAGGACAAAGUGAGACCAGCAUCACUCUUCAGUGGGAUGAUGCAAAGAACAAUGCAACCUUCAUCUUGGAGUUUAAUGGAACAGAAACCAACAUCAGUGCAACAAAUGGAGAUGGACCAAUGUUUUACACAGUCUCAUCCUUGAGUGCUGCAACUAAAUACACAUUCACUCUCUUCUCUGUAGUUGAGAAUGUCAGAAGCAGUGGAAUCAGCCUCACUGUAGUUACUGCUCCUCAAAAUCCAAAAAAUCUCUGGCAAUUAACACAGAAUGAGAGCAGCAUCACUCUGCAGUGGAACAGAAUGAACAACGUCAGUUUUGUUCUUCGGCUUGAUGGCACAGAAACCAACAUCAUUGCCUCAAAUGGAGAUGGACCAGAAACUUAUACAUUCUCAUCCCUGACGGCUCAAACUAAAUACACAGUUACUCUCUUCUCUGUGUUUGAGAACGUCAGAAGCAGCGGACAACAACUCACAGCUGUUACUGCUCCUCAAAAUGCAAAAAGCUUUAAAGCAUCAACACAGAAUGAGACCAGCAUCACUCUGCAGUGGGAUAAAGUGAACAACAAUGUCAGCUUUGUUCUUCAGUUUAACGGCACAGAGACAAACAUCAGAGCUCCAGCUGGAGAUGGAGUAGUCAACCACACAGUCUCAUCUCUCACUGCUCGAACUAAAUACACAUUCACUCUGUUCUCUGUGUUUGAGAACGUCAGGAGCUCUGGGGUCAACAUCACUGCAGCAACAGGACCAAACUAUGUAGUCGGACUGGACAUGGGAUUUAGGUCUUUUGGUGCGAUGACUGAAGCUGAAGUGCAGAGUGCCAUUGAAGAGCUUCUGCAAAGAUAUGGAAUUUCACCAUCUGCAUUGUCCAUUAAAGUUAAACCUGUGCAACCGUGAGACAAGAGGAAAAAAAUUCCCUUAAGACAAAGACACUUGGGGAAUAUAAUUGUACAAAAGUUCCAGGAGUUGAAGAGAACCCCCCUGUUUACUCUUUUGUAACUGUACUUUGAAUGACAUCCUAUAAGAGGGUUAAUAGAGUUCUUAAAAAUUGUUAUGUGCUGCAGGAAUGAAGUUGAUUGAUGCUCUUUAUGUCAAGCUCACUAUUCAUUUUAAAAAUAAAUAUUUGAUGUGUUUGCAUCAACAUUAUUGAAUACCUUUGUCGAUAAAGUCUAAAGCCUUAUACUACAGUUAUAGCUUUUUCUGAUUUGUUUAUGUUCUUGUUCAUUUUUGUAUAUUCCUUUUAAAAUCCUUCAAUGUAAAAUUAAGCUAUGAAACACAAAGAGGAACAACUUUUCCACUAGAAAUGAAAUGUUCUAAAGACAGCAUUUUAAAUACUUAUUUUCCAGUUGCUCACACAUAUUUAGUAACUUUAUAAACGAUUUCUGAAUCUAAGUAUAACUAUGAUUGCUUUUUUUUUCCUUUACGACAAUUAUUAUUCAUGUGGGUUUGGAUUUUUUAUAUAUAUUUCUAUCUACAGAAUUAUGGUUUAAAAUAUUAUCAAAUAAAAAUGUUUUAGAAAAAUAAA